AUGAUCGCGGCUCAUACUGGACUCACCGAGCAAGUCUUUUCUUACAGGCCGGUUGACCCUCCGGUGCAGGAAAUUCAGCCACCAAAAGACCGCGCAUUCUUCGCCGAUCCGGAGAAAAAGUCGCUUCUGUCGGUUGCCUCUAAAGUCAAACAUCUCACUCCAUAUAUUGGAACUGAAGUGCAGGGAGUGCAGCUGAGUCAGCUUGACGAAAAGCAGAAGGAUGAAUUAGCUUUAUUAGUAGCUGAAAGAGGAGUUGUCUUUUUUAGAGACCAAGAUCUCACCCUUGAAGGGCAGCAUGAAUUUUCAAAGCAUUACGGAAUUUCCUUAAGACAAUAUACUUAUUUUCGCAGAGAUAUUCGUUCCUUUGAGAACACCAGUAGCGCCUUUGCCGAGUAUCAUUCCGAUCACUCUUUUGAAAUCAACCCUCCUUCCUAUACUAUGCUAAGAAUGGUAAAGACACCUGAAUAUGGAGGUGACACCAUUUUUACUAGCCAGACUGCGCUGUUUGAUAAAUUAAGCCCGACUUUCCAGAAAACAUUCGAAGGUCUUCAUGCUGUCCACAGCUCUGAGCAUAUUUUUAUCAAUACCCUCAAUAGAGGUGGGAAAACUUUUCGUCUUCCUGUACGGAGAGAACACCCUCUUAUCCGUACUCACCCCGUAACAUCUCUGAAAGCCUUAUUCUACAACCCCGCCUUCAUCUUGAACAUCGCUGAACUCAAAGGCGCCGAAUCUUUCCACACCCUCAACUUCCUUCGUGACCACCUUCACUCGGCAGACGACUUAACUGUUCGGUGGCACUGGGAAGCCGGAAGUGUCGCUUUCUGGGACAAUCGCGUAGUCAUUCAUCGUGCUGUUCCUGGUGGCUACAAUACCGACGAAAGGGAAGGGACCAGAACGGCUGUUUACGGCGAGAAACCGUUCUUUGAUGCAGCGUCAUCGAAGACGCUUAGUGAGUGGUCAGACCAGAAGUUGUCGGAUACGGCGCCAGUUGUGAAGUUGGGGUUGGAUGGGUUUUGA